GCGCUGACAAAAGGACAGUGAAGGCAGCACCGUCGUAGUCUUCCGCUUGUCGGCUACGAAAGCAGUAGCAAAAUAUGUCCGCAUCUGUUAUUGUCCGAAGGUUAGCAGCUCUGUCAGGGGCUUCAGCGGUGACAGCUGGGGCGUAUGGGGCUCACGGUUUCAAAAACACCGACCCUGAUGACUACCAGAGAGAGCUAUUUGAAACUGCCAAUAAGUACCAUUUCUACCACAGCCUGGCCCUGCUGGGUGCUGCCCACUCUGGCAAACCUGCUGUGGCUGGUACCCUCCUGAUAGCAGGUAUGGGGUUGUUCUGCGGCUCUCUGUACCACCAGGCCCUGACUGGGGACCCCGCUCUACGCAAGAUGGCUCCCUAUGGGGGCGUGGCUAUGAUCGCUGGUUGGCUGGCCAUUGUUCUCUGAACUGUGACACUAAACUGCCAGACUGUUAAUGGAUGAACUGGAGUGCUUGUAAGAGCUGGGUGAGAGGUACAAGUGCUGACUUAUUUCACACAUCUAACCACUCCCUGUCCUGGGUUGUUGUGGGUGUCGGCAGGAGAUAAGGUCACAACAGGAUUAUCACUUUUCUACCAUUGCUGUCUGUAUCUGACUGGUGCCCUUUGGCUUUUUUGUUUGAGAUAAAAUGGACAAGCAAAUGAAUUCACGCGUGCACAAUUUGUUGAUCUGACAUUUUCAAUGGCAUGUCAGUCUUGUACUGGGAAACCAAAUCAUUAAUGAGUGUGGCUGCGAAAAAUGGAAAAUCUUCAUUUUUACUAUACAUUAUGUUGCUGCAAUAAAUACAGCAAAAAUAAAGAAGGGAAUAUGAAGGCUUUAAUAAAUGCUGAUGAAAUAAAUACUUUUUCUGACACAUUG